AUGUCCGAGGAGGCUAUCAGCUCGGUUCUGGUGCAAGAAAAAGAAGGCAACCAAGCUCUUGUAUAUUUUGUCAGCCGACUACUACAAGAUUCAGAAACCCGGUACCAGUUGAUAGAAAAAGUGGCACUCGGUCUAGUACACACGUCUCGACGCCUACGCCAUUACUUCCAAAGCCACCGAAUUGUUGUACACACCGACUGUCCCGUCGCUAAGGUGUUAAGCAAACCAGAACUCGCCGGAAGAAUGAUGGCCUGGUCAAUGGAACUCUCGCAAUUCGACAUCACCUUCAAACCGAGGGGACCGAUCAAGGCUCAGUGUUUGGCCGACUUCAUAAAUGAACUUCACCCACAGGGCCAAUUCGAGGAACAAUGGUGGACCCUCCAUGUGGACGGAUCCUCAAACAGCCAGGGGAGCGGGGCAGGAAUCAUCUUAGAAGGACCGAGAGGGAUAACGUUGGAACAAUCCUUGCGCUUCCAAUUCAAAGCCUCGAACAACCAAGCUGAAUACGAAGCUUUAUUAGCAGGAUUAAGGCUGGCCGAGGAUAUGGGUGCAUCAAGAGUCAAGUGCCGGACCGAUUCCAAAGUGUGGUCGAGAGGUGUUGGUCGAGCACAUCCCGUGCGAAGACAACACUCGUGCCGACCAGUUGGCUCGGCUGGCCGCGACCAAAAACCGGGACAUCUGCAAACGAUCAUUCAACAAGAGAUCGACCGCCCUAGUGUCGAUGCAGAAGUGGUGGCAAAUGUCAAUUCCGACCGUGCCGACCAGGACGACUCCCAAGACUGGCGAUCCGAAAUCAGAGAGUUUAUCAUAAGCGGAGCCACGUCGACUAAUCUGUCCGAAGCCAAACGACUAAGAACCCAAGCCAGCAAAUACGUCGUUAUCGCCGGCCAGCUGUACAAACGCGGUUUCUCUACCCCGUUACUCAAGUGCCUAAACUCCGCCGAGGCUGAUUAUGUGACGAGAGAAGUGCACGAGGGUAUAUGCGGACUGCAUUCAGGAGCGAGGACGACCGUCUCCAAACUCCUACGAGUCGGGUAUUAUUGGCCGACCAUGAACACCGACUGCGCGGCGUUUGUAAAAAGGUGUCACGUAAACCGAGUCAAGUGUGUAGUCCGGGAUAACCGAGACCUUUUUGCAUGGACGGCGUCAGACAUGCCGGGCAUAGAUCCAAAGUUUUUAUGUCACCGACUGGCCGUAUGCCGAGAUGCCCGACCUGUCGCUCAAAAGAAGCGUUCUUAA